AUGCCAUCGACAAAUAUCGAUCAAGAACAAAGUAAUAGUAAUAUAACUACUAGUAGUACUACUUCUACUGCAAAUAAUGACGAAACAUUCGAUAUUCCAAGAGCUACAGGUACUUUAAAUGUUAAUGCUUUAUCGACUUCUGAAAUUGAUAGUUUAAAUAAUUAUAAAUCAAUGGAUCCAAAACAAAACAUUAUUAAUAAUAAAUCAUUAGAUGAUCCGAUUCAAUUUACUAGAGUAAGUUCUUCUUCUGUUUUAUCAUCAUCAAAUAAUUCAAAUGAACUUCAUUUUGAUAGCGAUAAUGAUAAUGAACUAAUAGAUAAUAAUAACAUUAACAAUACUUCCUCUACAAAUAAUAACAUCAAUAAUAAUACAUUCACUAGUAACGAUAUAACGAAUUCUACUAUCAAUACAAUAAGUAAUAAUAAUACAACUUUGAUACAAGAUGUUGAAUCAUCAUCAACAAAUUUCAACAACAACAAUAACAGUCAUACAAAUAUAUUGAAUAAUGAUAGCCCUAUAACGAUAACAACACCAAACUCAAAAAGCAUUAUACAAUCUCCUACAACUGCAAAAACUUUAAAAAAAUCAUCUCGUAGUAAACAUACUACUCCAAAACCAUCAUCUUCUGCAUCUACUACUAUUUUAUCAAAUAAAAAAAAUUCAACAGAUAAAUCAAGAAAAAUUUCACAAAGCAAUUCUUCAAGUAGUAGUUUAUCAAGUAAUAGUAAACAAUUUGGUAAAAAUAAGAAAAGUAGUAGUAGCACAAGUAUUAUGAAGGGAGUAUUUUCAUCAUUUGUUAAUAAUAUAAAGAGAAAUUCUCAGGAUGAUAAAAGAUCUUCUAGUGGAUCAAUUAAAAUUUCAACACCUUAUAAUGCAAAACAUCUGCAUCACGUUGGGAUCGAUUCAAAGACUGGUGAAUAUAUUGGAUUACCUGAGGAAUGGGAAAAAUUAUUGACAUCUAGUGGUAUCUCAAGAAAAGAACAACAACAAAAUAUGCAAGCCGUGAUAGAUAUCGUAAGAUUCUAUCAAGAUGUCUCAGAAACAAAUGGUGAGGAUAAAGUCAUCAAGACAUUUGAUGUAUCUAACUCUACGUCGUCUUUAUCUAAUAGAACGGGAUCGAAUUCCUCUUUCACUCCUGAAAUUCAGUCAUCCUCUCAUAACAAUAUUUCAAUUAUUGAAAAUAGUGACUAUUCUAAUUCACAAUUUAAUGUUACACCUAAAUCUGAACAACAAGAUUUCAUUCAAAGGACACCAAUUAACGAUUUCAUGACAACACCUCAAAUGAAACAACAUUCUAACAAUGACAAGUUUAUACCAUCUAGACCAGCACCGAAACCACCUCAAGCACAACAUGGCUCCAAAAUGUCGCCACCUGUCUUAGCCAAAUCACCUUCUGUAGCAAUGCAAUAUCCAACCACUCCGAAGUUGAUGACUCCAUCUAGUAAGAAGUCUUCUCCUUCGGUUCCAUCUACUCCUUCUAGAAUGGCGACCUUGAAGAAGGAGUUACAACCAUUACCACCAAUCCCACAGGAACAAUCACCAACAACUUCAAAAGAGGAGAAAUCAGAGGAAGUUAGAGAUCAAGUUGGAACCAUGAUACCAAAAAUCCCUAAGACUACUCCAAGGACUUCCGCAAGAACACGUUCAGUCUCAAGGGAGGCUUCAAAGAAAGCCAGUGAAAAGAAAAGAGAGGAAAGAGAAAGACACAAGAAAGAGGUAUAUGCCAAGUUGGCCACAAUAUGUUCUGAAGGUGAUCCUUCGAAGAAAUAUACAAAGUUAAUUAAGAUAGGACAAGGUGCUUCGGGUGGUGUUUACACUGCUCAUGAUAUCGCCACAAAUGCAUGUGUUGCAAUUAAACAAAUGAAUCUGGACAAACAACCAAAGAAGGAGUUGAUUAUCAAUGAAAUCUUAGUUAUGAAAGGUUCUAAACACCGUAACAUCGUCAAUUUCAUCGAUUCUUAUAUAUUGAAAGGUGAUUUGUGGGUCAUCAUGGAAUACAUGGAAGGUGGUUCUCUAACAGAUGUCGUUACCCAUUGUAUUUUGACCGAAGGCCAAAUUGGUACAGUCACAAGGGAAACUUUACAAGGUUUGAAAUUUUUACACUCAAAAGGUGUUAUUCAUAGAGAUAUCAAAUCUGAUAACAUUUUAUUAUCAAUGGAAGGUAAUAUCAAAUUGACCGAUUUUGGUUUCUGUGCCCAAAUUAAUGAACUAAACUUGAAGAGAACCACUAUGGUGGGGACACCCUAUUGGAUGGCCCCUGAAGUUGUUUCAAGGAAAGAAUAUGGUCCAAAGGUCGAUAUAUGGUCUUUAGGUAUUAUGAUUAUUGAAAUGAUUGAAGGUGAACCACCAUACCUUAAUGAAACACCAUUAAGGGCAUUGUAUCUAAUUGCUACCAAUGGUACCCCACAACUAAAGGAACCAGAAGCAUUAAGUGAUAUACUGAAACAUUUCUUGGAUUGGUGUCUUAAGGUGGAGACAGAUGAAAGAGCUUCCGCUUCUGAGUUAUUGAAUGAUCCUUUCAUCACAGAAUAUGCGGACGAUAACAUUUCCCUUGCACCAUUAGUCAAACUAGCAAGAAUGAAAAAAUUACAGGAAUCCAUGGAUAGUAAUGAUGAAAACAGCGAUUUUGAAGACGAUAAUCAUAGUUUUCAUAACACCAGCAAUGAAGUAAACGAAUCAAGUGAGGCCAACGAGCUCCAGUAA